CCGCUAGAGGCGGGGCUGAACCAGAGCCGGGGCGGAGCAGAGCAGCUGGAUUCGCAUCUCGGCCGCAGGCUGCCCCCGGUUGCUGCAGCGUCCCCCCUCUUCUCGCUGCGCACCCAGGCUGGGGUCCUCUCUGGAUGGAGGAUGGGGGCGGCUGCUCCCCGAGCAGAGCCCCGGCCUGCGGAGCCGCGGGAGGAGGCGGGGACCUCGGCUCGGGCCGGCCGCGGGCCCCGCAGCUUCUUGCUUUACCUCUACCUGGUGGGCUUCCUGGAUUUUUUUGGUGUAAGCAUGAUAGUUCCUUUAUUAAGUGUUCAUAUCAAAUCCCUCGGGGCAAGCCCAACGACCGCAGGAGUAGUAGGAUCCCUCUAUGGUGUUCUACAGCUCUUUUCUAGCACAGUAGUGGGCUGCUGGAGUGAUGUAGUAGGAAGACAGUAUUCAUUGCUUGUGUGUAUUCUGCUCAGUGCUUUAGGUUAUCUCCUCCUGGGCAUAUCCUCCAGUGUCCUCUUAGUUGCCAUCGCUAGAAUUCCUGUUGGUAUAUUCAAGCACACGCUCUCAAUCUCAAGAGCUCUUCUUUCAGAUCUGGUUUUAGAGAGAGAGCGCCCACUGGUAAUAGGAAAAUUUAAUACAGCAUCGAAUGUGGGUUUUAUUUUGGGUCCUAUGGUCGGUGGAUAUCUUACUGAGUUAGAAGGUGGAUUUUAUAUAACAUCCUUCAUCUGUUUCUCUAUCUUCAUUCUAAAUGCUGGUCUUGUCUGGAUAUUUCCAUGGAAUGAUACAAACUUGAGUAGGAUGAAAAAUAGCCAGCAAACCAGCAACAAAUUUCCUUCAGACCUCCUGAAAAAGGCAAAAAACAAGUUGCAGGAGACUCCAACAACUAAUAGUGCCAUCACGCCUCAAGCAAUGACUUGGCAGCUGUGGAUUCAGGUUGUGUCUGUGUUAAGAGACAUGGAGAAUGUGAUAUUCUCUGAAAUGUGGGACAUCUUUUUAGUGCGCUUCCUCAUGGCUGUGGCCGUCAUGCUGUACCACAGUAACUUUAUUCUGGCAAUUGAGGAACGCUUUGGGAUGAAACCCAGGCUGACUGGGUAUAUUAUCAGCUACAGCAGUGCCCUGGGAGCAUUGGCGGGUUUUGUCCUAGGACCGAUAAUGAGACUCUAUAAACACAACACCUACACCAUUCUGUUGCACUCAAGUGUCCUCACUUGUGUGCUGUUGCUGCUUUACUCUACAGCACUUAGCAUAUUGGUGGUCAUUUUCUGCUCCACUUUUUUAUCCUUUUCUACUGCUAUAGGCAGGAUUUGCAUCACAGACCUUCAGCUAACUGUGGGCGGGACUCAGGCUAGUGGAACCCUUAUAGGCCUGGGGCAGUCUGUGACAGCUGUGGGUCGUAUCAUUGCCCCUCUCCUCUCAGGCAUUGUCCAAGAAUUCAGUCCCUGUGGCCCCCCAAGUCUAGGAGCAGCAUUAGCUUUAAUGGCUAUUCUCAUAAUGGUUUUAAACAAACCUCGUUACAGUAAUAAUCAAAGUGCUAAGCUGAAAAGCCAAUAGGAUGGUAUUCAUUAAAAGACAAAUGAAAUAUGUAGUGAAUCAGCCAGGGGCAAAUGCAAUAAUUAUUAAGGGCAUGGUGAUGAUAUAUCAUAGAAGAAUAAUAUGCCUUUAAAGAAAAAGGUGGUGUGAAAACAAGGGAAGAGGAUCUUCAGUGUAUUAGAAGUAUUACUACUGGGUUCCUGAUGAAACUCUGGGGUUUCUACAGAUACAGCUACUCCAGAAUCAGAAGUCAAAACUCAUGGUUCAGAGAAAACAUUCACCAGAAAGAGGACAGCUAUGAAAUGUGUACCUAGAAGUUUCCUUUGCUGGUUGUGUUCAUGUGGUUAACAUUUUUAAAGAAAAUAAGAUACCAGCUUGGUAUCUUGGGAGCAUGGUGGUAGAAUGCAUACAAGCAGACUCUUUGAGUGGAUUGCCAAAGCAGGCUACUUGGAAGAAUAGAAGUAGCUACUAGGACUUGCCCACUAAAUGAAAAUUAAAUUGCACUUUAAGAAAAAGCAUCCAAAAUUGGGUGGGUAGCAAUGAUUUACAUAUAGCAGUGGGGUGUUUAUACAGGUUGUCAUCUCCAUGUAAAUUUUAAAGAACUUCCAUUAACCAAUUUGUCAUCUUUUAAGUAAACUGAUUGAAUUCUUAUCCUAGAUUGAUUUUGGAGAUUUUCUUAAAAUUGUUUUUGACUAAGUGGUAUUUAGAUUUUCAUCAGCUCUUACUAUUGAAAUGUGGAGAGUUAUAUAGAUUGUUUAAUCCUGUCCCAUAUGUGUUAGGUUUUAUCUUCACCACUGCUGCUAGAGGAUUCCCUGAGGACUUGACUAAGAGGGCUGAAGGACAGCCAAGGUGAAUCUUACCUGAAAUUCUGUAUUCCUGUGUUGCAGCAUUACUUGGGUAAUAGAACAUUGCCUAAAAUAAGUUAAGAUAACCUUAUUAAUAACAGAGUAACAUAUCAUCAGGUGAGAUGUCCCAUUUCACAUGUUUAUUGAAUGGUAUUAUAAAGGAACCUUACGAUUAUUUUGAAAAUCUGCUUGUUACACAUGAGCCCCUUAUGUGGGACCAGGAUUGAGGGGAAAUAAUACAACCUCUCCUAGCCCUAAUGUCUGUGUUGCAUACUUUAAUUAUGCUUGUGUAUGUACUACUUAGGAGCCCAAGAGUGAGCUCAAGACUUGAGGUGUACCAAGAGAUUGAUGCAAAUCAUAGCAGGCAUUGAUACUCACUUGCUAAAAUAAUAUGUUCAAAUUCAUGGUUUGAAAAGUUCGAGAUAUACACACUGUGACCUAGGGCAAACCACUUAAUCGCAUUGGUGUCUGACAACUCUCUGAGAUUAUAAAUUGCAAUCAGGUGCCUAUUUUCAUUGGGAGUUGGAGCUUCUUACACUGAUGAAAUCCCAGGCCUAGUUUAACGAUAAGUAGAUUAAAUAGAUAGGAUAGAUAGACAGAUACAUUUUUUUUUCUUCAACAGGCACUUCCUAACAAACCCACCUAGAAAGUGCAUUUCCCCAAAACAAUCUACAGGAUUUCUUUUCAGAAAGGAGACACAAAUAUUCGUGGUGAAGAUGAAAAGAUAAUAUUCUCUAGGUUGGAAGUUUUUUCCAUUUUUCCUACUGUAAGGAUGCAGUUGACCAAAUCACUUGCAAUUGAACUGGACAAGUUAAACUGUAAUAAUUAAAUCCAUAAGUAUUUAUGAAGCACCUUCUGAAUACAUAGGACUGUGUUUGGUUCAGUGGGUAAAAGACUGUCUUAGGUUACUCAUAAUCUUAUUGGGAGAAGAGAGCAUAGCAUCAUGGAUUUAGAGCUGGAGGGGUGUCACUAGUCCAAACCCAUCAUUUUACAGAUAAGAAAACAGAGGACCAGAUGAGAUGCAGUGUGGUACAGUGGAGAGAAUACACAAUUUAUAAUCAUGAGGCCUAAUUUUGAAUCCCAGCUCUGCUAAUUUACUCUCUCCAUGACUUAUUCUCUUUGGCCUCACCUUUCUUAUCUGUAAAAUGAGACAAUUAGGCAAAAUGUAUCUCUAAGGUCCUUUCCAGUUCUGGAUUUACAAUUCCAAGAUCCAUGAGCAAGAGGGUAGUUACAUACAGUAAAGGUUGGAGAGCUGAGAUGUGUAACAGAAAGGUUAAGGGGAGAGGGCUGUGAAAUAGAACUGCUGAUUACACUCUGUGUGGUUAUCUUUUUUCCCCACACAAAUAAAAAUAUAAUUUCCCAAAAGGAAUUUCAAAUUUAGGCAUAUUUUUUAUGCAUAACAAUUGAUUUUAGCUAUAUCUGAAGUCAGCACCCUAUAAUAUCUAUGAUGCUGUUAUGAUGCACAAAGCAAAAUUAUACAAUAAAUAAGAGUCUCAGUGGAGAUAUCCAGAGUUUGACCUUUUGUUUAUGGAUAAAAAUAACCAGCAAUUAGAUAGCACUUUAAUGGUUUACAAAGUACUUUCCAUGUGUUACCUCAUUUCAUCCUUACAUCAACCCUGUGAGGUAGGUGCUGUUAUUAUA